AUGGGGUGGUCUGUACCUUACAUUGCCGCUCUUCUCCCUACAUAUUCGGAUACCGUGGAAGAGAUUCAUGUGGGGUGGGGCCCGUCCAUCAUUCUGUGGCACAACUGCACUAAGGCACGCAUCGGCCCUGUCAGUCAAUCCUAUCUCUGCUGCAGUGCGGUGCGAGGCCGGUUCAACUUGUUGGAGGCGCCUGAGCCUACCUACGUCUCUUUGCCUCACGCCGGUCCAUCCGCGCUCGGUUUUCUGGAGCACCCCACGGGUUUUCCAGCAGCCCAUGGCUGCAUCCUCAGUUCUGAGUGGCCGGGACUGAGACUUCCUCCCGGCCUAGGUCUCUCACGGUACCGUGCCGAGACAACGAUUGAGACUUGA